AAAUGAAAUAUUUUGGUCAUUUUCAUCCAUAAAAUUUAUUUUUGUGACAAAAACUUAAAAAUGUAUAUUUAGCAUAAUUGCCCAUGGAAGAAAUAUGAUUUACAUUAUUAUUAUUCUUGGGUUAUAUGUUGACUUUAUGUUAGUUACAUUUUAUCAUAUGCAUGUACUUUUUCAACAUGAUAAUAUUCAAGAUUAUUUGCUACUUUACGUUUGAAAGAAGAGGUAUAGUUGAAAAGAAAUUAAACGAACCAACCGAAGAAGGAAGAAACUACCUUGGCUUUGUAUAAAAACGUGUACUAUUAUGUUACAGCUAUACAUCAGGUAGCUUCGAAUAAGACCUCAAAAUGCAGUUUUUGGUCCUUAAGUAAACAAACCGACCCAAGCAGAACAAAACCAAACACAUUUUUGAGUUUUUUAAUUUCUUUUAACUAAAUUAUAACUGUGUUCAAAAAAAAAAAAACUAAAUUAUAACUAAACCGACCAUACACGGACCAGGCUAAUUUUAGUUGAACCAAAUAAAGUAAUAAACCGAAUUGAGAUUGAACACUGAUUCCAAAAUCUAGACAAAGUUGUCCGCUUCUAAACUUAUAAGGAUCAAAGGGGUAAUUUAGACUUUUAGGACAUGAAGGGUUAAAUUGCAAACUUUGUAAAGCAGUUGACAAAACGGCAAUUAUAUAACUUUCUGAUUUUAACCGGCUUAUAAAAGCUUCGUCGCUGAACAAGAACGAACUUCAUAAUCAGUCAUCAUGUCCAACAAUAUCAAUCUGCAGAGAUCCAUGGAAGAGAUCGAUAGAGCUCAAACUAUUCCCGAGAAAAUCGCUAUAAUCCAGGGUUACUUGAAGAAACUCGAAGAUGGAAAGAAGGAGAGGGCCGAGUGGAGAAAACAGCUUGAAGAAAAGGCGAAUCGUCUUCAAGAACAGAGGAAUGCACUCAAAGAUCAGAGAAAGGCAAUCGAGGACGAGAAGAAACAAAUCGAGGAUCUGAAGAAAUCAGACAUGGACGAUGAUCAGAAGAAAGCAAUCGCAGCCCAGUUGAAAGCAGUGGAGGAUCGUGAGAAACUACUACAGAGUCAAGAGAAUGCAACUGAGGAUCAGGUUAAAGAAAUCGAGAUACAGGAGAAACAUGCGGAAGAUGCAGGUUCAGCACAAGAUGCAGAGACUAUUCUUCUCUCCACCACACUUCAAAAUUUGGUUAACGCUUCCCCUCCGCUCCCACCACCGGCAACGACUUCGCCGACGGUCCCAUCCGGUUUCCUCCCUCUUACACCAUCGAAUCCAACGGCAGCAACUUCGUCCAGUGGCCCAUCCACUUCGCUCCGUCUUGCACCACCGGCUCCAUCGGAAUCUUCUCUUCCGGCGGCGCCAACAUUUCCAAGAUCUCAAACGGGGGCUUCCAGUUUCAGCUCACUUCAACCACCGCAACAGAGGAUCAUGCCGAAUCCACCAGAAUCUUAUCUUCCAAGACCACCGCAACACACGAGUGAGAUCGUUCUUACUUCGCCGGCGUUCGCCACGUUACCAAUUUUCCCGCCCCGUAACAUCUCUACCCAGCCCCUACUUGUAGGCCCACCUACUGUUCCUCUUGGCCCAAGAAACGCAACCAGACUUUUCUGGACGGAUCAGCUGAAGCAGGCUUUUAAUGAAGCCAUUCAAAGUCUUGGUGGAUUAUACAGUGCAACUGUUACUGCUGAACAAGUUAAAAAACUGAUGGAAGAUCUCGAUGUCACAGAAAGUCAGAUUGCAAAUAGGAUUCAAAACCUGCGGAGGAAGAAGCACCCUAGAGAUGAUGAUGGAGGAGGUUCAUCUUCAGCAGCAAAAAAACUCUGUUGAUUUAGAUUCACACAUUUACAUAUGCUUUCUUUUCUCUCUUUUUUCACUAUGUACUUUGAAAUAUGUACAAAAAUACAUUUGAUGUCACUUGAUGAAUACAAAAAUACUUCUGUUGUUUGUUUCGUUUA